GCGAUUGCAAUCAGACUGUACGUGCGUCGUUUUUGUGUACUGUACUACCAUAACAUUGUUGUUGCUUCUGCUUCAGUGCUCCUGCGUGUGUGUGUGGAGAGGGAAGGUCGAUCGAGGUCAGCCAUGGCGAAGGGCCACGUGAUGGUGCUGCCCAUGCCGUGCCAGGGCCACGUCACCCCGCUCAUGGAGCUCUCGCACCGCCUGGUGGACCACGGCUUCCAGGUCACCUUCGUCAACACCGAGGUGGACCACGCGCUCGUGCUCGCCGCGCUGCCCGAGGGCGACGCCGCGGCGGAGGCGCUGCGCGGCAUCCACCUGGAGUACAUCCCAGACGGGCUGGCCGACGACGAGGACCGGAAGGACCUCAACAAGCUCAUCGACGCCUACUCCCGCCACAUGCCGGGAUACCUGGAGGCGCUCGUCAGGGAGAUAGAGGCUGCCGGGCGGCCCAAGGUGAAGUGGCUCGUCGGCGACGUCAACAUGGGGUGGUCCUUCGUGGUCGCCAAGAAGCUCGGCAUCCGUGUCGCCUCCUUCUGGCCGGCGUCCGCGGCGUGCCUCGCCAUCAUGCUCAAGAUCCCCAAGCUGAUUGACGACGGCGUCUUAAACGAUAAGGGGUGGCCGGAGCGGGAGGAGACGCUGCAGCUCGCCCCCGGGAUGCCGCCGCUGCACACGUCGCUGCUGUCGUGGAACAACUCCGGCGCCCCGGAGGGGCAGCACAUCAUCUUUGAUCUGGUGUGCCGGAACAACAAGCUGAACGACCUCGCCGAGAUUGUCGUCUGCAACUCGUUCCAGGAGGCAGAGGCCGGCGCGUUCAAGCUCUUCCCCAACAUCCUGCCCAUCGGCCCGCUCUUCGCCGACAGCAAGUUCCAGAAACCCGUCGGCAACUUCCUCCGGGAAGACCAGAGGUGCCUGAAGUGGCUGGACGCGCGGCCCGACGGCUCCGUCGUGUACGUGGCAUUCGGCAGCAUGGCCAUCUUCGACCCGCGCCAGUUCCAGGAGCUGGCCGAGGGGCUGGAGCUCACCGGCCGGCCGUUCCUGUGGGUGGUGCGCCCAGACUUCACCGCCGGCCUCAGCAAGGAGUGGCUCGACGACUUCCGGCAGCGCGUCGCCGGCGCCGGCAUGAUCGUCAGCUGGUGCUCCCAGCAACAGGUCCUGGCGCACCGUGCGGUGGCGUGCUUCGUGUCGCACUGCGGCUGGAACUCGACGUUGGAAGCGUCACGGAAUGGCGUGCCGGUCCUGUGCUGGCCUUACUUCUGCGACCAGUUCCUCGACCGGAGCUACAUCACCGACGUGUGGAGGACCGGUCUCGCGGUGUCGCCCGGCGAGGAUGGCGUCGUCGCGAAGGAGGAGGUGAGGAGCAAGGUGGAGAAGAUCAUCAGUGACCCAGGGUUCAGGAAGAGGGCAGGGUGGCUGAAGGACGCGGCCUCGGAAUGCGUCGGCGAUGGCGGCUCGUCGUACAAUAAUUUCACAAGAUUCGUGGAUCUUUUGAGCGAAUGAACGAGCAGCAAGCUGUGUAUAUACAAUAGUUUGCCCUGUGGUUCUGUGAUGGCGGAGUUCUCCAAGCUUACUGUUUUAUCAACUAUUAUAUGGAUCAAAGUCAAUCAUGGUCGGAGUGCUUGCCAUGUGAA